AUGCGCGUUCGUUUCGCCUCGACGUCCACGCGCGCGCACACGAGCGCGCGAGAAGAGCGACGCUGCGACCGUCGCGCCGCGCCCGUCGCCCGCGCGUCCGCGAGUGAGACGUCGUCAUCGUCAUCGUCAUCAGCGGAGACGGUUCGAUUUGGAAUCCUUCGAGGAAGCAGCGCGACGUAUCGCGACGACGUCACCGAGUACGAGGACGGUGUCCUAGACGCGGUGGCGAUCGAGCUCUUCAACGCCAAGCUGAACGCGGUCGUGGGGGCGCGGGAGGAGGGAGAAGACGGCGAACGCCUCCGCGGGUUCGCGCGCUUGGUGCGCCUGGCGGAUAAAUUAUCCGACGGUCGAGGGGUCGUCGAACAGCGAGACGCGGUCACGCGAGCGCUGCUGAGCAUUAUACCCGCGCCCGUUCGGUGGGCGUUUAAGAGAUUGAUCGAACCGGCGACGUGGGUCGAUGAGAUGAACGCGAAGGUCACGAGAGAGGCGUUCGCGUGGUUGGUCGGACCGUGCGAGAUCGUCCCGAGAGAGAGCGACGGCGCGAUGGCGAGCGUGAAACUGAAAAAGUGCCGGUACUUGGAGCAGUGCGGAUGCGCGGCGUCGUGCACGAACUUUUGCAAGAUUCCGACGCAGAGAUUUUUCAAGGAGGCGUUCGGCGUCGACGCGAGACUCGAUCCCAAUCACGAGGACGGAAGCUGUAUGAUGACUUUCGGCGUCAAGCCGGACGUCGUGGACGCCGCGUUCGCGGCACCGUGUUACGCGACGUGCGCGAAGAGCUGCGGGACGAGCGAUGAGCCGUGCCAUCGAUUGGGGAAACAGCCCGAGUUUUAA